UUGUCUUAGUUCAUAAUGAUUGUCGUCUAAGUAUUGCUUCUUGUAUAAGUACCUAACUGCACAUAUGUAUCUACGUAGGUACCUACCUAGGUACCUACCUAGGUAGGCAGAUCUAGUACAGAAUCCGGGUCACGUGAAUUGAUAGAACGCGUGACGUGGGGUUGAUCCAUCACUUGAGAUAGAGUCAAUCCAUCAGUCCAACAAACCGACGUGGCUGGCCUGACGGCCUGACGGCUUGGUGAUGGGUUAUGCCAGCAAAUUUCCGACCGGCCUUUAUGACCCCGUUUCAGCUCCUGACCCGAAGUGGAGAUCCACGUGACCGCGUCUAUCAAAGCCACGCUAGCAUAGAAAACGAUCAAAACACAUUUGUCAUUCCGGCAGAACCGGCGCCCGAGACUGUCUACCGAUCAAUCUAGAUGCUCGAGAUGCACGAGCCCACCUCCCUCCUCACUCAUGCAUACCAUGCUGGGACGGGGAUGGGACGGGGAACGCUCAGACGCGCAAGGGGUGGUCAGUAAGGCGGACUCGUCUCUGAAGUUCCUUGCACCCAGGUAAACAGAUGCGUGGUGGCGUUAUGCUACUUGCUGGCUAGCUGGUUAACAUGCCGUUGAGAUCAACUGGUUUAUAGAUAUGAACCAUGGUCGACCGCACUACUGGAACAUAGUAUAUCAACAUCUUCAAUCAUUCGAACUCAUCAUCGCCAUCGUCAUCGUCACUGAGAUACACAUCCACCUUCACACACUACAUUACUCUUCGCUACACUGCAAUACACUACAAUAACCUUCCGUCAUGAGCGAAUUAAAGGCAAGCAGGGCUCAAAACCUUGCUCGAAUCAGAGACAAUCAACGAAGGUCUCGAGCAAGAAGAAAGGAAUACAUCAACGAACUUGAAGGAAGAUUACGCAACUGUGAACAGGCCGGCAUUGAAGCAUCUGCUGAAAUACAGAAUGCUGCGCGCAGAGUCCUUGAGGAGAAUCGGAAGCUUAGGUUGCUGUUGCAUGAACAAGGUCUCACCGAUGCUGAGAUUGCUGUCGCAAUGGGGGGUGUGAAUGAGCAAUCAUACGACGGUCUCGCGGCAGUGCCCGCUCUCACUACAAUGCUCGAACGAAGAAUGGUCUACAGUGGCCCAUCGCGUACCAGUUCACCAACAAGCACGCACUCGUCAAUAGCCGGUCCAUCCAGUUACCUGCCUUCAGCUCCGCCGCUCUCCAUACCUGUCCCGCGAUCUGCCACCAUUAGCAAUGACUCGCCGAGCCCUCACUCCAUCGUUUCAAGCAUGGGCACGCCACCCAAAGUUUACGGUUCGCCCUUUUACAACUCGCCUACGACCUCUAACGCUGAUGUCAAAUACGACGAUAUCCCGCAAUACAUGCCCUUCAACCAACCUUUGAAUACUACUUGGUCUUAUUCAGUCGAAACACCCUAUCUACCCAGCCCUGCUGACGACUAUUCGGCCACCUCAAACAUCGACGCUGCCAACAUCAUUUCCACCAUGAGAAUGGACGGAAACCCUGGCUACAACAGCGCACUUGGCAAUCGCAUGCACAACCAGAACUACUUUGUGAACAACUCAGUGGAAUACACCACUGUGGAUGGACAGUCAUACCCUCGAAGAACAUACGGAUGA